GUGCCACGUGCUUCAAUGACGAAACCGGAAAUGUCAAAAACAAGCGCUUCUCCGACACUAUUUCACUUCAGUCCAACUCUACAGCCAGAAUGAACUGCUGAUUCACAAAAUACUCCAGUGUACAACGCCGUGGGAGAUCAAGCUGCGAAUAUGACCAAUGUGUACUCCUUUGAGGGGAUAGUAGUGUUCGGACUGCUGCUCAUCUGCACCUGUGCGUAUCUGAAAAAGGUCCCCCGGAUCAACAGCUGGCUGCUCUCAGAGAAGAAGGGCGUCUGGGGCGUCUUCUACAAAGCUGCAGUGAUCGGCACGCGUCUUCACGUCCCUGUGGCUCUCUCCUGUUUCUUCAUGGCCUUUUACAUCAUGUUUCUGAAAUGAUGGAAGCUGCAUACUCUCAUGAAUCAGAACUGUAGGGGGCACUGUUUGAACUGGACUUAAACCACAGCACCCUGAUGCAAUGGGGCACCUGUGGGACCCCUUUAAAAAGAUGAGAAGAGAGUGCUUCUCCCACUACUGGUGGUGGAUGAUACUGCAUAUUCAACAAUGAGAGUGGACUACAGAUAUGAAGGUUGUUUUUUCUCAUUCAAAGCUGUUGGAUACAUUUGACACUUUCAUCUAUAAAUGAAAUACUGAUUUUAAAGGUGCACUGUGUAACUUUUCUGGUGGAAGGUCUGCCAAACUAGCCUGUCUUCAUGAAGACAGGCUAGUUUGCCUGGAACAUUCUAUAGUAUGGCAUUAAACCUGUCUAUCUUGCAUCCAUUUAAUUUGAGUUUACCCCCAUGGUGGUUGUUGUUGUUGUUUGCAUUUUUGUUCCAAAAUAACUUAAUACAUAAAAUACUGUGAGCUGGUUACACUGUCCACAGAUCUGACCUGUAACUUCGCCUGGUGGUGUCACCUGCUCGUCUCCAGGGAGAUUAAUAAUGGACAUUUAAUGGCGUACUGGCAGACCGUCCACCAGAAAAGUUACAUAGUACACUUUUUAACAGGGCAAAUUUGAGCAAAUUUCCAUGUUUCUGCUUGAAAACAUUUACAUCGAUUUCCAUUUCAGAAAAUGUUUGGAUUUAUCAACACUAAUCUAGUUCUUAAUAUAAAUAUGCAAACUAGAACUACCUUUGGCCUGAUCUAGAUUUGAACCUGUACUAAUCUGUGUUCACACUUGGAAAUUCACCAUAUAAAUUUGGCACUAAACUAGAGAUGCGCUGAUAUUGAUACUGGUAUCAAAUAUUGGUGCUGAUACUGAAAAAAAUCUGGAUUUUGGUUUCUGAUUUCAUAGUUAUUUGAAGGAUCAAUUUGAAGGAUAAAAAAACAGUUGCAUAGCAGAAUUGUGUUAUAAUUCAACUGUGUUUUAAGGAAAUAAGGGCCAUUUUCUGUGGUAAUGGUUGAUAUUGAGUAUCAGUCGAUACAUAAAGUCAAAGUAUCAUUGUCAGAAUCUCACCUGCUGGAUUAGUCCAUCCCUACACUCAACUCAAAUCUAAACCUGAACUACACCACGACCAAACCAAGUCUACAUCAGACAAUGGCUAACCACCUGUUGAAAAUAGCCCUCCCCACCCAAGAUAUUGUAAACUUGGUCUAAACCAGGACUAAACUAGAACAACAUUCACUUAAAUUUGUCAAACGUUGUCAAACUGAUAAUUUAGUGACUUGUCUCAUAUCACUACUACUUUAGUACAAUACUUUUACUUAUUAACAAUAGUCAUUUUGUCUGCCCCAGUUUCAGUUACAAUAAAGACUUUCUAAAUCUAAUGGGAAAAAUAAAAAGAUCUAGCCUGAAUAUGGAGCCUUGUUUUUGCCCUAUACUUUGUUCUUAUUGUGAAAAAGGUGGAGGGAAGAAAAUAUAUGUAAAGGUUGUCUGUACAUUAUAGAUUUUAUUUUAUGCUGUUUUUUCCUGAAAUUGUUGACAUCGAAAACACACUUUGCACAAUUUAAAAUACUUAACUGUUAAUGUUUCUUACUGCCAUCAAUUAGUACAGUAAAUCACAUAUCAGUACAUGAAAUAAUAAUGACACUCUGUGUAUCUUUAGUGUAAUUUAAACCUAAUCUAAUGCCAAAUCUGUAUGGACGUCAGUUAUGAUCAUGUCAAAUGCUGUUACUUUCAGUUUCCACUUCUUUAUAACUGAGAAUGAAAUAUUUAAGGGUCCAAUGCAAUUUUAAUUAAACUGUUUUCCAAAUGUU